CUCCCCUCCCUCCCCAUAUAUAAAAGCAUUUGCUCCACCGUGUGCCCCCUCACACACUCUCAGUGUGUUUGCUGGGAAGGGGAUUGUCCCGGGCACACCAGGGGAUUAUUAUACUGUCUUCACCUGCCUGCAAAGCCUCUCUGGAGAUUCAAGUAAAGCGCUUCCCUCGGACGUAACAAGAACCAGCACAAAGAAACCAUGAGCAGCAACUAUAACGUCACACUGUCUGGCCCGGCCCCCUGGGGCUUUAGGCUACAAGGCGGAAAAGACUUCAACUUGCCCCUCACCAUCUCCAGGCUGAACGAUGGCAGCAAAGCGGCCAAAGCUGGCAUCGCUAUCGGAGAUAUGGUUCUGUCCAUCGACGGUAUUGCCACAGAGGGAAUGAACCACCUGGAGGCCCAGAACAAGAUCAAGAACUGCACAGGCAACCUCAGCCUCACCCUACAGAAAGUGGCCAAGCCCCCUCCAGUGGCACCCAAGACGACAGCAGCUCCUCUGGUCACAAAUGGACCUCACAGUACUUUAAAAAAACCCCAGCCACCCAGGCCUCCCCGCCGACACGUGGUGGACACCGACAUCCACUUCUACCAUGUGCCGUCUCACGCUGGCGCCAGCCGGAAGCGCAUCAUGGAGGACACGGAGGACUGGCGCCCGCGCACCGGUACCACCCAGUCCAGAUCCUUCAGGAUUCUGGCUCAGAUUACGGGCACCGAGAACUCAGCUCAAGAAGAAGAAGAAGCAGACACGGCCAAGAAGACAAAAGUGAACAAGGCCACCACGCGUUUGGUGAUCGGCCCAAAGUACGGCGAGCUGAGAGACUGGCACCACGGCGUGUCCGCUCGUACCCUCAAUGUCCAGUAGAUCUGUGUAAAUACGUAUAUUUUUGGAUAUACUGUUUGUGAGUAUUUGUGCACGGGUGUGAUUGACUGCUGUAGUGGCUUGAUGGCACAGUAGGACGUUUUAGCGCAGACGAGCAGAAUGAGUACAUAUGUAUAUUUAUGUAUACACGACAUGCUUACAGUCAUUGUUUUCAACGAUAUGUUUUUCCUUCGCUGAGGGAGUUUUAGUCGGGGAAGUUUUAGUUGGUGUAACCCAUGGACAAACGUAUUGGAACACCAGCAUGUUACAACUACAACCGUUGGAAAAAAAACAACAACAACCUGAUGCCGAUACAGUGGAAUCUCCAAAGUGGACCACACUGAUGCUAGUUGACUUGCUGGUUAAUUUCAAAACACAUUUUCCAACUUUGGUGGUUGUCAAUUUUGUCCGUAGAGUAAUCACAUCUCACUGCAGGUUUAAUUGUUGUUCAAGCAAGCAGUUUUCGGUGGUCGUCUCCAAGGAUGUGUAUAUAAGUGCAUGUGCCUCCACGUGGGAGUCCGAAAUAGUGUUUGAGGACACUUUGAGUGGUCUAAAAACUGAUGACAAUGAAAGUAAAAAUGUUGCCCUUGUUUUAGGCUUGAUGACAAAGCGGAGUGACUGCGUGAAUGUUCUCCUAAUACUUUAAAAAGGCUUUUGCUAUGUAAAAUAUUCCUCCUUCUAUUUAUGUUUACUUUUGGCAAAUUUGAAGUGGAGUCAAAUAAGGUACCAUUUUAUCUUAUAGCUAAUAAACUUGCUGCAUAUCCUUCUU